UUCGCGAGGACCGACGCGGGGCAGUCUGACGGCAGCCCUCCUGGGAGGUGCCCGCGCGCGUCGGAGCCGCUCCCAGUCCUCCGCAGCAGUCACCGCCGGCCGUCGCCGCGCCCCGGCCUCCAGCCCUCGCGCUCUCCCGCCCGCCGCUCACCUCCCGCCUCGAUGCGGAGCCGGGCUGCUGCGUGAUGGGGCUGCGGAGCGGCGCCCUGCGGCUCGCGGCGGCCGCUGCUCGCGCUGAGGUGCGAAGGUGCCCGGCCCCACGCGCCCCCGCGCGCCGCGGCUCCUGUUGACCGGGUCUGCCCGUCGGUCCGCACCGCGGCUGAGGAAACUUGGAUAUAACUUCAAAAGAAGAUUUGAUUCUUUAUUUCUGGACUGCAUACAUAUAACAAGGCCAUUAAAAUGUCGGGAGCCUCAGUGAAGGUGGCUGUCCGGGUAAGGCCCUUCAAUUCUCGAGAGACCAGCAAGGAAUCCAAAUGCAUCAUUCAGAUGCAAGGCAACUCGACCAGUAUUAUUAACCCAAAGAAUCCAAAGGAAGCUCCAAAGUCCUUCAGCUUCGACUAUUCCUACUGGUCUCAUACCUCACCUGAAGAUCCCUGCUUUGCAUCUCAAAACCGUGUGUACAAUGACAUUGGAAAGGAAAUGCUCUUACAUGCCUUUGAGGGAUAUAAUGUUUGUAUUUUUGCCUAUGGGCAGACUGGUGCUGGAAAAUCUUAUACAAUGAUGGGUAAACAAGAAGAAAGCCAGGCUGGCAUCAUUCCACAGUUAUGUGAAGAACUAUUUGAAAAAAUUAAUGACAACUGUAAUGAAGAAAUGUCUUACUCUGUAGAGGUGAGCUACAUGGAAAUUUACUGUGAAAGAGUACGAGAUUUGCUGAAUCCAAAAAACAAGGGUAAUUUGCGUGUGCGUGAACACCCACUUCUUGGGCCCUAUGUGGAGGAUCUGUCCAAGUUGGCAGUUACUUCCUACACAGACAUUGCUGACCUCAUGGAUGCUGGGAACAAAGCCAGGACAGUGGCAGCUACGAACAUGAAUGAAACAAGUAGCCGUUCCCACGCUGUGUUUACGAUCGUUUUCACCCAGAAGAAACAUGAUAAUGAGACCAACCUUUCCACUGAGAAGGUCAGUAAAAUAAGCUUGGUGGAUCUAGCAGGAAGUGAACGAGCUGAUUCAACUGGUGCCAAAGGAACUCGAUUAAAGGAAGGAGCAAAUAUUAAUAAGUCUCUUACAACUUUGGGCAAAGUUAUUUCAGCCUUGGCCGAGGUGGAUAACUGCACUAGCAAGUUAGGUGGCAAUUCUCGUACUGCAAUGGUUGCUGCUCUGAGCCCUGCAGAUAUCAACUACGAUGAGACUUUGAGCACUCUGAGAUAUGCAGAUCGUGCAAAACAAAUUAAAUGUAAUGCUGUUAUCAAUGAGGACCCCAAUGCCAAACUAGUUCGUGAAUUAAAGGAGGAGGUGACACGGCUGAAGGACCUUCUUCGUGCUCAGGGCCUGGGAGAUAUUAUUGAUAUUGAUCCAUUGAUCGAUGAUUACUCUGGAAGUGGAAGCAAAUAUCUGAAAGAUUUUCAGAACAAUAAGCAUAGGUACUUGCUAGCCUCUGAGAAUCAACGCCCUGGCCAUUUUUCCACAGCAUCCAUGGGGUCCCUCACUUCAUCCCCAUCUUCCUGCUCACUCAGUAGUCAGGUGGGCUUGACGUCUGUGACCAGUAUUCAAGAGAGGAUCAUGUCUACACCUGGAGGAGAGGAAGCUAUUGAACGUCUAAAGGAAUCAGAGAAAAUCAUUGCUGAGUUGAAUGAAACCUGGGAAGAGAAGCUUCGUAAAACAGAGGCCAUCAGAAUGGAGAGAGAGGCUUUGUUGGCUGAGAUGGGAGUUGCCAUUCGGGAAGAUGGAGGAACACUAGGGGUUUUUUCACCUAAAAAGACCCCACAUCUUGUUAACCUCAAUGAAGACCCACUAAUGUCUGAGUGCCUGCUUUAUUACAUCAAAGAUGGAAUUACAAGGGUUGGCCAGGCAGAUGCUGAGCGGCGCCAGGACAUAGUGCUAAGCGGAGCUCACAUUAAAGAAGAGCAUUGUAUCUUCCGGAGUGAGAGAAGCAACAGCGGUGAAGUUAUCGUGACCCUAGAGCCCUGUGAGCGUUCAGAAACCUACGUAAAUGGCAAGAGAGUGUCCCAGCCUGUUCAGCUGCGCUCAGGAAACCGUAUCAUCAUGGGUAAAAACCAUGUUUUCCGUUUUAACCACCCGGAACAAGCACGAGCUGAACGAGAGAAGACUCCUUCUGCUGAGACCCCCUCUGAGCCUGUGGACUGGACAUUUGCCCAGAGAGAGCUUCUGGAAAAACAAGGAAUUGAUAUGAAACAAGAGAUGGAGAAAAGGCUACAGGAAAUGGAGAUCUUAUACAAAAAGGAGAAGGAAGAAGCAGAUCUUCUUUUGGAGCAGCAGAGACUGGACUAUGAGAGUAAAUUGCAGGCCUUGCAGAAGCAGGUUGAAACCCGAUCCCUAGCGGCAGAAACAACUGAAGAGGAGGAAGAGGAGGAGGAAGAAGUUUCUUGGACACAGCAUGAAUUUGAGUUGGCUCAAUGGGCCUUCCGGAAAUGGAAGUCUCACCAGUUUACUUCAUUACGGGACUUACUCUGGGGCAAUGCCGUGUACCUAAAGGAGGCCAAUGCCAUCAGCGUGGAACUGAAAAAGAAGGUGCAGUUUCAGUUUGUUCUGCUGACUGACACACUGUACUCCCCUUUGCCUCCUGAAUUACUUCCUACUGAGAUGGAAAAAACUCAUGAGGACAGGCCUUUCCCUCGCACAGUGGUAGCAGUAGAAGUUCAGGAUUUGAAGAAUGGAGCAACACACUAUUGGUCUUUGGAGAAACUCAAGCAGAGGCUGGAUUUGAUGCGAGAGAUGUAUGAUAGGGCAGGGGAGAUGGCCUCCGGUGCCCAAGACGAAAGCGAGACCACUGUGACUGGCAGCGAUCCCUUCUAUGAUCGGUUCCACUGGUUCAAACUUGUGGGGAGCUCCCCCAUUUUCCACGGCUGUGUGAAUGAGCGCCUUGCCGACCGCACACCCUCCCCCACUUUUUCCACGGCCGAUUCCGACAUCACUGAGCUGGCUGACGAGCAGCAAGAUGAGAUGGAGGAUUUUGAUGAUGAGGCAUUCGUGGAUGACGCCGGCUCUGACGCAGGGACGGAGGAGGGAUCAGAUCUCUUCAGUGAUGGGCAUGACCCGUUUUACGACCGAUCCCCUUGGUUCAUUUUAGUGGGAAGGGCAUUUGUUUACCUGAGCAAUCUGCUGUAUCCCGUGCCCCUGAUCCACAGGGUGGCCAUUGUCAGUGAGAAGGGUGAAGUGCGCGGAUUUCUGCGUGUGGCUGUACAGGCCAUCGCAGCGGAUGAAGAAGCUCCUGAUUAUGGUUCUGGAAUUCGACAGUCAGGAACAGCUAAAAUAUCUUUUGAUAAUGAAUACUUUAAUCAGAGUGACUUUUCAUCUGUUGCAAUGACUCGUUCUGGUCUAUCCUUGGAGGAGUUGAGGAUUGUGGAAGGACAGGGUCAGAGUUCUGAGGUUAUCAGUCCUCCAGAAGAAGUCAAUCGAAUGAAUGACCUGGAUUUGAAGUCAAGCACUUUGCUGGAUGGUAAGAUGGUAAUGGAAGGGUUUUCUGAAGAGAUUGGCAACCACCUGAAACUGGGCAGUGCCUUCACUUUCCGAGUAACAGUGUUGCAGGCCAGUGGAAUUCUCCCAGAGUAUGCAGAUAUCUUCUGUCAGUUCAACUUUUUGCAUCGCCAUGAUGAAGCAUUCUCCACAGAGCCCCUCAAAAACAAUGGCAGAGGAAGUCCCCUGGGCUUUUAUCAUGUGCAAAAUAUCGCAGUGGAGGUCACUGAAUCAUUUGUGGAUUAUAUCAAAACCAAGCCUAUUGUAUUUGAAGUCUUUGGGCAUUACCAGCAGCACCCACUUCAUCUGCAAGGACAGGAGCUUAACAGUCCGCCUCAGCCGUGCCGCCGAUUCUUUCCUCCACCCAUGCCGCUGUCUAAGCCAGUUCCAGCCACCAAGUUAAACACCAUGAGCAAAACCAGCCUUGGCCAGAGCAUGAGCAAGUAUGACCUCCUGGUUUGGUUUGAGAUCAGUGAACUGGAGUCUACAGGAGAGUAUAUCCCAGCCGUGGUUGACCAUACAGCAGGCUUGCCCUGCCAGGGGACAUUUUUGCUUCAUCAGUGUUUUGUUUUUAAAUGUGUCCAUGCUCUGUUUCCUUUAUCCUUUCUUUUAGGUCGUAUUAGGAAUAAGCCUGAGGUGGAUGAAGCUGCAGUUGAUGCCAUUCUUUCUCUAAAUAUUAUUUCUGCCAAGUACCUGAAGUCUUCCCACAACUCUAGCAGGACCUUCUACCGCUUUGAGGCUGUGUGGGACAGCUCUCUGCAUAACUCCCUUCUUCUGAACCGAGUGACUCCCUAUGGAGAAAAGAUCUACAUGACCUUGUCGGCCUACCUAGAGCUGGAUCAUUGUAUCCAGCCAGCUGUCAUCACCAAGGAUGUGUGCAUGGUCUUCUAUUCCCGAGAUGCCAAGAUCUCACCACCCCGUUCUCUGCGUAGCCUCUUUGGCAGUGGCUACUCAAAGUCACCAGACUCGAAUCGAGUCACUGGCAUUUAUGAACUCAGCUUAUGCAAAAUGGCAGACACAGGUAGUCCAGGCAUGCAGAGAAGGAGAAGAAAAGUCUUAGAUACAUCAGUGGCAUAUGUGCGGGGAGAAGAGAACUUAGCAGGCUGGCGGCCCCGUGGAGACAGCCUUAUCCUUGAGCACCAGUGGGAGCUGGAGAAGCUGGAGCUCCUACAUGAGGUGGAAAAAACCCGCCACUUCUUGCUGCUACGUGAGAGACUUGGUGACAGCAUCCCUAAAUCCCUGAGCGACUCCUUAUCCCCCAGCCUCAGCAGUGGAACCCUCAGCACCUCCACCAGCAUCUCCUCUCAGAUCUCAACCACCACCUUUGAAAGUGCCAUCACACCCAGUGAGAGCAGUGGCUAUGAUUCAGCAGACAUCGAAAGCCUGGUGGACCGAGAGAAAGAGCUGGCUACCAAGUGCCUGCAACUUCUCACCCACACUUUCAACAGAGAAUUCAGCCAGGUGCACAGUAGCAUCAGUGACUGUAAGUUGUCUGAUAUCUCUCCAAUUGGACGGGAUCCCUCUGAGUCCAGUUUCAGCAGUGCCACCCUUACCCCCUCCUCCACCUGCCCCUCUCUGGUAGACACUAGAAGCAACUCUCUGGAUCAGAAGACCCCAGAAGCCAAUUCACGGGCCUCUAGUCCCUGCCCAGAAUUUGAACAGUUUCAGAUUGUCCCAGCUGUGGAAACGCCCUAUUUGGCCCGAGCAGGAAAGAAUGAAUUUCUCAAUCUUGUUCCAGAUAUUGAAGAAAUUAGACCAGGCUCAGUGGUCUCUAAGAAAGGAUACCUGCAUUUCAAGGAGCCACUUUACAGUAACUGGGCUAAACAUUUCGUCAUCGUCCGUCGCCCUUAUGUCUUCAUCUAUAACAGUGACAAAGACCCUGUGGAGCGUGGAAUCAUUAACCUGUCCACAGCACAAGUGGAGUACAGCGAGGACCAGCAGGCCAUGGUGAAGACACCAAACACCUUUGCUGUCUGCACAAAGCACCGUGGGGUCCUUUUGCAAGCCCUCAAUGACAAAGACAUGAACGACUGGUUGUAUGCCUUCAACCCACUUCUCGCUGGCACAAUACGGUCAAAACUUUCCCGCAGAUGCCCGAGCCAGCCGAAAUACUGACUCUGCCGAGUGCCCUCACUCGCCUUCGAGAGAUAAAGAAAGCGUUACCUCUCA